AGUACUGCAUCAGCCAUCCCAGCACCCUUAACCACCGCUUACGAGGAACCUGUGCGCCGCCUGCAUAAGGCAAACAAAUUCUGUGCAAAAGAGAUUUCUCUUCCAUUGGCGGAGGACAUGGAUAACGAGCAUAUAGCCGGUGCCUAUAUACGUUGCAUGGCCACCAAUAUGAGUUUAUGGAACGACGCUGGAGGUUAUAAUGCCAAACGAGUAGCGAAAUUUUUCAUCAAACAACGCAAUGAGAACGAAGUAAUGACUGUAGUUGAGUACUGUAAUCAACAAUAUCAGCAAACAGAUGUGGAUUUAUGGGCUUUUCAAGCUUAUCGUUGUGCGACAGCGGGACGUAUGGGUACUUGGUUGGGAGAGUAUAUGCUGAGUGCGAAACUAUAAAAAAAAAAAUUUGAAUUAAAACAAAAGACAUAUUUUAAAUUUGCAAACUAAGUUUAUUUUAAGCACAUUGUAUUACUAUUUGUAGAUGUAAUUUAAAUGAUAUCAGUUAAUAAAGUUGGCAUUUGAUUUCGCCAAAGUAU